AUGGCAACUAAAGAGAGCACCAACGGUCGUACGUCUAAGCGAGUAAGAAAGCACCCAUCGUUGAAGACUUUAACACAUAAGCAAAUACACACAACAAUCUUCGUUAAGUCGACAACACCAUAUGUAAGUGCACUGAAAAGGAUUAACAAGUUUCUCGAUAGUGCCCAUAAACAUGGAUCAUCUUAUGUGGUAGUUUUGGGCAUGGGCAAAGCUGUGGAAAAGACGCUGGCAUUGGGCUGCCACUUCCAAGAUCAGAAGAAUAAGAAAAUAGAAGUUUUCACCAAAAGCAUAGAAGUCCUGGACGAAGUAAUAGUAGAGCAGCAAGAAGGUAUCGAAAUUGAGAGCGAUGUCGACGAUGAAGAUAAAGAAACCCAAUUGAAGAAAAGAAUUGUAAGCGGCAUAGAGUUGCGUAUUUAUGUAUAG